UCAAGAUGGCGGGUUGUGGACACCAGCACCAUGACCACGAACAUGACGUUUCUGAAGAAGAAAGAGGGGCUCAGUUUCACCUUUUUCUAAAGAUCGAUCUCUUAAAGCUUCAAUGCCUGAACGAAGCUGAGGAAGAAUCGGCCAAAAACGUUUUCAAACCUUGGGAUGAACGCUUGGAUACUAACAAAUUUGUCGAAAGUGAUGUCGACGAAGAACUUUUGUUUAACAUUCCUUUCGUCGGACAGGUCAAAUUAAAAGGUGUUGUCGUGAUUGGCGGAGAAAAUGGUGAGCAUCCCUCUGAAAUGAAACUGUACAAGAAUCGCCCUUCCAUGACUUUUGAUGAUACAAAUGCGGAGCCUGAUCAGACGUUUGAAAUGAGUGAGGACCACGAUGGAAGUUUAGAAUACACGCCUAAAGUCGCACGUUUUUCUAAUGUGGAGCAUCUUUCAAUUUACUUUCCGCGUAACUUUGGAGCUGAAACUAGCAAAGUGUAUUUCAUAGGAUUGAAGGGGGACUUUCAAGAGGCCCAUCGCCAUGGCGUGACAAUUUGUACCUACGAAGCAAAACCGAACAUAUCUGAUCACAAAACAGGCGCCUUUAACAGCGUCAAUCAUACGAUUAGCUAGAGAGAAAGAAAGGGCUUCAAUUAUUGAGUGAAAAAUUGAAUGCGCUGUUGAGAGCUUGUUGCAGUGGAAAGUAACAUUUUUUGUAAAGUUCAACUUAGAGAAAGAGUGUUUCAAAUAGUUUCAUGUUUCAUCAAUUUGUCAGUUACAGCUGUUGAACCAUUAUUAAUUCUGGUUUAGUUAGGAGCAAUAAAC